AUGCCUAUUACAACUGUCCAAAUCAAGGGUAUCAUCCACAAGGAAGCAACUAUAAUCAAGGGGGUAACUACAAUCAAGGUUGGCAAGACAAUCCCAACCAAGGAUAGAGGGACAACUACAACCAAGGAGGUAGAGACAAUAGUGGGAACCAAAGGUGGAAUAAUAACCACCAACAAAACCGGUGCUUGUGUUAGCAUUAUGCCUCUAUCUGUUUAUGAUACAUUGAAGCUUCCACCGUUGAAACGGUCGGCGGCCCAUUUUGUUUUGGCGGAUAAGAGCAUAAUAUCUGUGGUUGGUAUUGCGGAAGAUGUUCUAGUGAGUAUAAAGGGGUUGUUCUUCCCGAUUGAUUUCCAUAUUCUUGAGAUGCCCCCUAGUGACACUGGAAGGACGUCAUCUAUCUUGCUUGGAAGGCUGUUUUUGAAGACCUCCCAGUUUAAAUUGGAUGCUUUUUCGGGUACCUAUUCUUUUGAGAUUAAUGGAAGAGCUGUGAGCUUUAGUCUUGAUGAAGCCAUGAGGCAUCCACCGGAGGACCAUUCUAUUUUCCGGUGUGAUUUGAUUGAUAAUGUUGUGGCCGAAGUCCACCAUAAUGGUUUUGAUGAGAAGAGCAUGAUUCAAGGUCCAAGUGUGGGGAACUCCCAUGAAUGUAAAGAGGACACCUUGCCACCUCCAGUGUUGCUGGAUGAUUAA